AUGAAAGGAAAUAACAUAGAUUGUAAUAAAAAAGACUACUACUUUACACAUGAAUCAGUCUUCAACUUCUUUAAACGUCUGUCUCCAGUACUCUUAUUUUUAUCAGUAAUAUUUACAAUGGGUCUUUGUAUUGCUGUGCGUUUAUUUGCAGUAGUGAGAUAUGAAGCUAUUAUACAUGAAUUUGAUCCCCACUUUAAUUACAGAACUUCCCAGUAUCUAUCAAACAAUGGUUUUUAUGCCUUCUGGAAUUGGUUUGAUAGCAGGAGUUGGUAUCCACUAGGUCGCCCUGUAGGCCAGACCUUAUUUCCAGGAUUAAUGUUAACAGCAGAUUUUAUGAGGCGUUUAGCCCACCAAUUUGGUAUUUUAGUUAGUAUACGACAUGUGUGUGUAUUUACUGGACCUAUUAUGUCGAGUCUAUCUGCUUUAGCUUCCUAUUUACUGGUCUACCAGGUUAACGGAAGGAAUGAAACCGGAAUGUUAGCAGCACUAUUUACUGGUAUAUCACCAACAUAUUUGAGUAGAAGUGUCGCUGGAAGUUAUGACAAUGAAGCUGUUGCUAUAUUUGCUUUAAUUAUAAGCUUUGCAUUAUAUCUGCGAGCUAUUAAUGAUGGUCGUAUUUUAAGUUCGCUCCUAGCAUCCCUUGCAUAUAAUUAUAUGACUAUGAGCUGGGGAGGCUAUGUUUUUAUAAUAAAUACUAUAGCAAUAUAUAAUCUAAUAUUGGUACUCCUCAACAGAUUUACUUUCAAACAUUAUGUAGUCUAUACUGUUUUCUAUUUGGUUGGUACAAUUUUGAAUCUAAAUAUCCCUUUUGUAGGCAUUGGUGCUAUUAAGUCUUCAGAACAUCUUUCUUCUCACUGCUUGGCAUUUUUAGUUACAUGUAUUAUUCUACUCAACUCUAUCAAGGCGCUUCUGAGCAGAUCAACAACUCACUUCCUGAUUAAAAUAUUAACUAUUGUUAGUUUUAUAUUUGUUUGCUUCAUCUUUAUUUUGCUUACAAUAUCUGGCAAAACUCGUUGGGCUGCAAGAAGUAUGACUCUACUUGACCCUACAUACGCAUCUAAGCAUGUUCCAAUUGUUGCAUCUGUUUCAGAGCAUCAAGCAACAACAUGGUCACAAUAUAUAUUUGACCUGCAUAUAACAGCUAUAUUUUUUCCUUUAGGAGUUCUGGUAUGUGCAUAUUCUGUUUAUAUUAGUCAAAAAAACACCCCUUUAGAUAAGUCUCUCAGUCGAUCAUUUUCAACUUGCAUCCCAGAUACAGCAAUGUUUCUGGCUGUAUAUGGAGUUCUUGCUGUAUAUUUCUCUUCAGUUAUGAUCCGCCUCAUGCUUGUAUUAGGACCUGCAUCUUGCUGUUUAUCUGCUGUUGGCUUGUCGUUUGUUCUAUCAGCUAUCUUAGGUAGACCUAAGACAAGUCUUAUAGAGGAGACACCUCUUGUUCAAAAUUUAGCUUUGAACCAAUACUCAAAGUCUCAGAAAGAAGAUUGUGCUAAUGAAUCAAGUAAUUGGCUUGGAAAGUAUUUAGUUGCUUUUAUUCUCUUUGUACUAUGCAUAAAGUAUGUUACCCACAGUAUUUGGAGCUCUGCAGUUGCCUAUUCACAUCCAUCUGUAAUUACUUCAAAUCGUUUGAAGGAUGGAACUAGAUUAAUUCAAGAUGACUUUAGAGAAGCCUACUAUUGGCUGAGAAAAAAUACUCCAUACAACGCGAGAAUAAUGUCAUGGUGGGAUUACGGUUAUCAAUGUACUGAACUUGCUGAUAGAACUGUUAUUGUAGAUAACAAUACUUGGAAUACAACUCAUAUUGCGACAGUUGGACUUGCUCUUGCUUCCCCAGAAGAAGAAGCAUUCAAAAUUGUGGAAAAGUUAGAUGUUGACUAUAUAUUUGUAGUCUUUGGUGGAUUUGCAAGGUAUACUUCCGAUGAUAUCAACAAGUUUUUGUGGAUGGUUCGAAUUGCCUCUGGUGUUUAUCCACAAAUACAGCAAAAUGACUAUAUUUCUGAGUCUGGUUACUAUACUGUAGGUAAUGAGGCUCCAAAAGCUAUGCUGAACUCAUUAAUCUACAAGCUGUCAUACUACAGAUUUGCUGAGGUUCAGAAAGAUGGAUUUGACAUGGCAAGGAACUACAACAUUGGGAAGACUCAUUUUACUUUAUCUCAUUUUGAAGAAGUUUAUACUACUGAUAAUUGGAUUGUUCGUAUUUAUAAAGUUAAGAAGAGACCAAAUAGAAUAUAA